AUGUCGGAACGAACAAGAUCCACGCCGCUCUCGAGGAUGUUGUUGUCGGGGGAAGUCAGUGGGGAGGCGCCUCGAGAUCUGAACUUGCGGGAGCGCUUCGAGCGAUGGAUGGUGAACGAAGGGUCGAGGAGAGUGGUCGUGGCCGUGUUCGUGCUGGUUCACGGACUGAUAUUCGGCUUCGGGUUUAUGAACUACCAGCUGAAGGACAACCUCACGGGAGCCCGCGCGACGUUUGGCAUCACGUAUCCCAUCGCCCGGUCGGCGGCGUUGGUCCUCCAUUUCGACGUCGCCUUGAUCCUCUUUCCCGUCUGCCGGACGCUGAUAUCGUUACUUCGACAAACACCGCUCAACAGCAUCGUCCCAUUCGACAAGAACCUCACCUUUCAUAAACUCAUCGCCUACUCGCUGGUCUUCUUCACAUGGGUCCACACCAUCGCGCACUGGAACAACUUUGCUCAGCUGGCCGCCAAGGCGAACUUGGGCUUCGUCGGCUUCCUGAAGGCCAACUUUGUCACAGGCCCCGGCUGGUCUGGCUAUGUGAUGCUCUUUGCCUUGAUGGCAAUGUUGUUCACAUCGAUUGAGAAGCCGCGACGAGCCAACUAUGAGCGCUUCUGGUCGAUGCACCACCUCUUCAUCAUUUUCUUUGUCUUUUGGUCCGUGCAUGGAGCUUUCUGCAUGAUCAAGGCCGACAAUGCUCCCUUCUGCUUCGGCACCGGUGUCUUUUGGGAAUACUGGAUGUACGGCGGCUUUGCCUAUCUCAUGGAGAGAGUGCUGCGUGAGAUUCGAGGUCGCCACAAGACGUUUGUCACCAAAGUCAUUCAGCAUCCCAGCAAUGUCGUGGAGAUCCAGAUGCACAAGGAGAAGACCAAAACACGCGCGGGCCAAUACAUCUUCCUUUGCUGUCCUGAGGUCUCCAUCUGGCAAUACCAUCCAUUCACUCUCACUUCUGCGCCCGAGGAAGACUACAUCUCGGUGCAUGUACGGAUGGUGGGCAACUUCACCAAAGCCCUCGGCAAGGCCCUCGGCUGCGACGACGGCAAGGCGAGCAAAGAUGCAGGCGUCAAAAAACCACGCUCCGAAGUCGUCUCCAUGGCUCCUGGCGGACUGCAGAAAUUACUCCCUCGGAUCUAUGUCGACGGACCCUUUGGAUCUGCUUCUGAGGACGUCUUCAAGUUUGAGACGGCGGUCCUCGUCGGCGCCGGUAUUGGCGUCACUCCCUUCGCAAGUAUCCUCAAGUCCAUCUGGUAUCGCAUGAGCCAAGGUGGUGGCGGCAAGUCGCGGCUCCGGAAGGUCUACUUCUUCUGGGUAUGCCGUGACUUUGGCACAUUGGAGUGGUUCAAGAGUCUGUUACAGGCCAUUGAGGCUCAAGACAAGGCGCACGCCAUUGAAAUCCAUGCCUACCUUACCGCCAAGAUCUCCGCUGCGGACGCCAACAACAUCAUGCUCAACAGCAGCGAUACCGACGCCAUCACCGGCCUACGCACACCCACCAACUUCGGCCGCCCCAACUGGGACAUGGUCUUCCGGGCGAUACGCAAGCUCCACUCACCCGGUGAGGCCGGCGUGUUCUUCUGUGGUCCCAAGGGCCUCGGCUCACAGCUCCACAUCUUGUGCAACAUGUACAGCGAAGGCGACAAGGGGUUCAGCUUCGUCUGGGGCAAGGAGAACUUCUAA